AUGUCUCUCCCCAUCCCGCGGGGCUUGCCCCGGACCGUUCUGCGGUCCUACGGCACCGUCCAAGGUCCUCCCAGUGCUACCUCGCUUGCCAGCCGCAUCCCCAAUGUCCUGAUCGAGGCAACUGCUGCGACAGCCCCUCGCACCAACUGGACUCGCGAGGAAGUCAGCGCAGUCUAUAACACCCCCUUGAACCAACUCACAUAUGCCUCGCAAGCACUGCACCGCAAAUUCCAUGAUCCAUCGGCCAUCCAGAUGUGCACAUUGAUGAACAUCAAGACCGGUGGAUGUAGCGAGGACUGUUCAUACUGCGCCCAGUCUUCAAAACACAACACUGGCCUGAAGGCUACCAAGAUGAGCCCUGUGGACGAAGUCCUCGAGAAGGCACGCAUGGCCAAGGCCAAUGGCAGCACCCGAUUCUGCAUGGGCGCCGCUUGGCGUGACAUGCGCGGCCGGAAAACCAGCCUCAAGAACGUCAAGCAGAUGGUCUCGGGUAUCCGUGACAUGAACAUGGAGGUCUGCGUCACACUGGGCAUGAUUGACCAGAACCAGGCCAAGGAGCUGAAAGAGGCCGGUCUGACCGCAUACAACCACAACCUCGACACCUCGCGCGAGUUCUAUCCCACGAUUAUCACGACCCGCUCGUACGAUGAGCGUCUGCGCACUCUGGACCACGUUCGUGACGCCGGUAUCAAUGUUUGCUCUGGUGGUAUUCUCGGUCUGGGUGAAACAGACGCCGACCGUGUAGGCCUUUUGCACACCGUUUCCAGCUUGCCUUCUCACCCCGAGUCCUUCCCUGUCAAUGCUCUCGUUCCGAUCCCUGGAACACCGCUCGGUGACCGGAAGAUGAUUCCGUUUGAUCGUUUGCUCCGGACUAUCGCUACCGCUCGUCUUGUCAUGCCCGCCACUAUCGUUCGUCUUGCUGCCGGUCGCAUUGCGCUGUCGGAGGAGCAGCAGAUUGCUUGCUUCCAGGCUGGUGCCAAUGCCAUCUUCACUGGUGAGAAGAUGUUGACUACCGAUUGCAGUGGAUGGGACGAGGACCGUGCGAUGUUUGACCGCUGGGGCUACUACCCCAUGAAGAGCUUUGAAAAGCCGGAGGUACCGGGUGCCGAUAAGACCACUGUGACCCCACCCCCCACUGAGUCCGAGAAGGCUGCGCCGGUCGCAGCUAGCGCUUAG